AUGGAAGAACAGGCCGAAGAUCCGAAGACGAAGCUUUUUGAGUCCAUUGAUAAAAACGACAUCGCCGCGGUUCAGGACUUACUCGACACCGAGAAAGUUAAGGCAGACUGUUACAAGGAUGUAAGAAAUCCUGACGUGUGUAGUUUGCUGCUGAAAGCGGGUGCCAAAUUGGACGUCAGCAACGGAAUCGGUCGCACAGCAACCGAUUUAGCUGCAUUUACCGGUCAAUACCGGUGCAUUUGCGUUUUGAGAAACUUUAUACCGUUCAGCGAUCUCGAGAAGUACAUAAUUAGCAAAGGUUGCGGUUCCAGCGCUCGUCUGCCCCCCGAAAUCGCUGCUUUAUUAUACGAGCUCCUUUUGUCACCCAACGUCCACCCGGUUCACGUCGUUUUAUUUCUGCGUCAUCAUCCAGAGUUGCGUCAGUAUCGUAAGGAAGUGUUAUACGUUACCGAAGAUUUGAUGGAAAGCUUGAUCAAAACUUCCGAUUGUAACGAGAUAAUGGCUUUCAAGUUCAACAUCAUUUUGCAUACUCUUCAAGAGGUAUUUAAAUUUUUGGAACAUGACGGUGAAAAUGCUUCAAAGCCAGACAAGGAUAAGUUGCUCACGUUUGCAAAGAGCUUACUGGCGGUAGAUGCAAGCGGAAAGGCCAGCCAUUUUAAUAACUUUCUGAUCGUGGCCAUCCAAAAAUUUCCAUUCAAGCAAACGGUUGUUUACCAGCAGAUUGUUCAAGAAACCUGCACCAGUAGUCAGGACGACUGUGUGCCAGCUCUAGACGCUAUAAAUGAAUUAGUUAUGGGACAGUGUAUGGCCACCAAAGAGACGUUUUGUGUGUCAUGUGGUGAGCCAAAUUCUCGUCUGCGGUGCUCUUCUUGUAAAAAGGACAAUUAUUGCUCAGUCGAAUGCCAAAAGUUGCACUGGUUCGUUCAUAGAAGAACAUGUCUAAAGCCGUCCAAAACGCGCGCGAAAGACGAGCCACUUGCCGGCCAGCAACUAACUGCCAAAGCGACGUCUUGA